UGGAACAAACUUUGAUCGAUUAAAUUUAUUUAACCCCUCAGAAAUCAAAGAGUAAAUAAUAUUUAUUUGUAUAUUUAUUGGAGAGAAGAAAGAAAAUGAAUGUUCAUCAUCCGCAGUUUCGUUGAUAUUCAACGCGUUUCAGGUUCUUCAGAAGUCCAGCUAACAACUAACAACUUAGUGAAAGAGAGAGAGAGAGAGAUUAAAAUCAAAGCUAUCAACUUUGCUUAUAGAUCUCUUUGGAUUUAAAAAAAAACUAAUUCGUGCUUUGUAUUAAUAAAGCGAUUGAGUAGUCGUAAAGGGUAUAAUUUCUCUUCCAUAUUUUCUUUAUUCCUGAUUCGAAAACCAUUUCAAGUCACUUCCAAGGAAUCCAUAUUUUCUCUUUUCUUCAUUUGCUUUCACAUGGACGAUCGUUUUCAUCUCUUUCUCAGUUUCGUAGCCUGUGAUCGGAUCCAGUGGAUAAAGUCUCACGGUUUUGAGAAGGAACUGAUUUGUGGGGUUUCUUAACAGCUUCAAUAUGUUUGAGGGUCAAUUGAGUGGAAUUUGUGUUGAUGAUAAUUACUCCAAAUACUUUGGGGAUUCAAUGCUAAGGGACUUUGUGGCAAGUUGUCCAAGGAAUACCAAUUAGCUCAUUUGUAAUGCAAUCAUUUGAUGACGACAAAAAUAAGAAGAAGAAAUUGAAGCUUGCGCAAUCAUUCAAUAACGAAAUGCCUGUGACCGACACCACUGUUACACAAACCUUGGACGACUGUAUACUUUUCCCUGUUGAAGAGAUUGUGCAAUACCCAUUGCCUGGAUAUGUUGCACCAACUUCAAUCAGUUUCAGUCCGGAUGAUAACAUUGUAACUUAUCUGUUUAGUCCUGAUCACACUUUGAACAGAAAGGUUUUCGCUUUCAAUCUCAAAUCUUCCAAGCAAGAAUUGAUUUUUAGUCCCCCAGAUGGUGGGCUUGAUGAGAGUAAUAUAUCACCAGAAGAGAAGUUGAGGAGGGAAAGAUUGAGGGAGCGUGGGUUGGGAGUGACGCGGUAUGAAUGGUUGAAGACAAGCUCAAAAAAGAAGGCAAUCAUGGUGCCAUUGCCAGGAGGGAUCUAUUUCCAGGAUCUUUCCAGUUUAAAGCCAGAGCUCAAACUUCCUAGCACACCAUGUUCACCAAUUAUUGAUCCACAUCUAUCCCCUGAUGGUACAAUGCUUGCUUAUGUUAGAGACUCUGAGCUGCAUGUGCUCAAUCUGUUAUACAAUGAAUCAAACCAGUUAACAUAUGGUGCUAUAGGAAACACUUUGACCCAUGGCCUUGCUGAAUAUAUAGCUCAGGAGGAGAUGGAUAGGAAGAAUGGAUACUGGUGGUCACUAGACAGCAAAUAUAUGGCAUUUACGCAAGUUGAUUCUUCUGAGAUACCUCUUUUCAGAAUUAUGCACCAAGGCAAAAGUUCUGUUGGCUUGGAGGCACAAGAAGAUCAUGCAUAUCCGUUUGCAGGUGCUUCAAACGUCAAAGUUCGCCUUGGUGUAGUUUCUUCUGCUGGAGGUCCUAUUACUUGGAUGGAUCUUGUCUGUGGUGGAACAGAUCAACCGGACAAUGAGGAGGAAUAUUUAGCCAGAGUUAAUUGGAUGCAUGAAAACAUAUUAGUUGCCCAGGUUUUGAAUAGGACCCAUACCAAACUCAAGAUCCUUAAGUUUGACAUCACAACAGGCAAAAGAAAAGUUAUACUGGAAGAAGAACAAGGCACAUGGAUUAAUUUACAUGACUGCUUCACACCUCUGGACAGAGGAAUGAGCAAAUUUUCUGGUGGAUUUAUAUGGGCUAGUGAAAAAACAGGAUUUAGGCAUCUUUAUCUUCAUGGUGCAAAGGGGAAUUGCUUAGGUCCUAUCACUGAAGGAGAGUGGAUGGUUGAACAAAUUGCAGGUGUAAAUGAAGCUGCAGGGCUUAUAUAUUUUACUGGAACCUUAGAUGGGCCCUUAGAAUCUAACCUUUAUUGCGCUAAGCUUUUUGUAGAUGGAAACCAACCAUUGCAGUCCCCAAUGAGAUUGACUCAGGGCCAGGGGAAACAUGUGGUUGUGCUUGAUCAUCAUAUGAGGAAUUUUGUUGAUAUCCACGAUUGCCUCGGCUCCCCACCUAAGGUUUUGCUUUGCUCUUUACAAGAUGGAAGCUUGAUAAUGCCUCUGUAUGAGCAGUCAUUUACAAUUCCAAGAUUCAAAAAGCUUCAGCUUGAGCCUCCGGAGAUAGUUCAAAUACAGGCUAAUGAUGGGAGUACGUUAUAUGGGGCUUUAUAUAAGCCUGAUGAAACAAGAUUUGGACCACCACCUUACAAAACAUUGAUCAGUGUGUAUGGUGGACCAAGCGUACAGCUAGUCUGUGAUUCUUGGAUAAAUACAGUUGACAUGAGGGCACAGUAUCUACGAAGCAAAGGCGUCUUAGUAUGGAAGUUGGACAACAGAGGAACUGCUCGACGUGGACUGAAGUUUGAAGGUGCUCUAAAGUACAAGUUCGGUCGCAUUGAUGCUGAGGAUCAACUAACUGGAGCUGAGUGGCUAAUCAAACAGGGGCUGGCAGAUGCAAACCGAAUCGGGUUGUAUGGGUGGAGUUAUGGUGGAUACCUUUCAGCAAUGACUUUGGCCAGAUUUCCUGAGGUCUUUCGCUGUGCAGUUUCUGGUGCCCCAGUUACAUCAUGGGAUGGAUAUGACACAUUUUACACCGAGAAGUACAUGGGACUGCCAUCUGAGAGUGCAGAGACCUAUGAAUAUGGAUCUGUGAUGCACCAUGUUCAGAAGAUGAAAGGAAGGCUAUUACUUGUGCAUGGGAUGAUUGAUGAAAAUGUGCAUUUUAGGCACACUGCAAGGCUGGUGAAUGCACUUGUGGCGGCUGGAAAACCUUAUGAACUAUUAAUAUUCCCAGAUGAGCGUCACAUGCCUCGCCGGCACAGAGACCGGAUAUAUAUGGAAGAGAGAAUAUGGGACUUUAUAGAAAGAAAUCUUUGAAGUAAGCGUUUUGUGCAUAUCUUGGUUCUUCUUGUUCUUGGUGGUGGUGAUAAUGCCAGUUGUAGUAGAAUGUAGAGCUUCUUUCAUUUUCUUCCAAUUGAAUUUAUUGAAUUUUUGUUCCAUUUUAGGUUUAUCAUUAGACAUGGUGCUGUUUAAGUUUCGUUCCCAAAAUCUUUGUAAUAAAAUGUAAUAACAGAAAUAAUCAUGUAUCAAAAUAUAGAGCCCCAUCUAAUGAAAAUAAUCUUGUUAAAUUCGCUAAA